AUGUUGCUCCUAGCGAGACAGAGCUUACUGGCGCUCGCAUGUGCAAGCGCCGUCAUUGCGACUCCUACACCUUCCACACAGGCAGAUGCCCUUCUCCCCCGCGACCUCACAAUACGGCAAGACGCAGACGCAGACACCAUUCAAAACUGCGAAGAAGAGUACACAACGAAGAAUGGACUCGCGUUCAAGCUAUACUGCCAGCAGAAUGCUCCUUUUAGCGAUGCGGUUAGAGAAACAACCGGGGCUGGUGUCUGGUUUUACACUGGUACUUGGGAUGAAUGUAUGGAACACUGCUCGCGUUUCUCAGGCGAUGCGUGUUACGGUAUCACCUGGACUGUACCCGGCGGUCACUGCUGGCUGAAAACGAGCAAUGUCUCCACCGAAGCCCUUACACCUGCACCAGAAGCAAUAACUGGCCUUCUCAUAGACAGGAACCAGAUGAAAGGCUUCGACACAAAGUGCCCGAAUGCAGACUUGUCGGACAAUCCUCUCCCGGGCGUCGAGGGCAUAACAUACACGACACACUGCGGCAAAGUAAUCGACGAGCCACCACGUUGUUUCGAGGAAUUCGACUGUUUCGACCCGGACUACCGCGCCUUCUACCACACCGCAACCCUCGAAGAAUGCCUCGAAAUCUGCGUCGGCCUGCACCCCCUCUGCCGCGCCGUAUCCUGGAACCCAGAUCUCACAGCUGGCUACGCAAACUGCAAGCCCAAAUACGGCAAUUCGCCCAAAUUCAUCAGCCCCACCGCAGAGCAAGGCGUCAUCCACGCGGCUGAAAUUGUCGAAUUCGACAUCCCAGACACCAAGUGCCCGGAGCAAAACACAUAUCAAGCCGCUGGUGGUACCAAACCGCGCUUCGACAUCCACUGCGGAAAGACGAAUCCAGGACGUAACAUUACGAACCUCCACGCCCACAACAUGACUACUUGCAUGGAUGCCUGCGCCGCAAGCGACAAAGGAUGUAAAGCCGUCCUGUUCUCAUCCACGCUCGACAGCGGAUACAACAACUGCUAUCUCCAAAACACCUCGAGCAUAAUCUCGGACCUCUCCACCUCCACCUACGCCGUCCUAUCCGACAGCGACAUGACCUCGUCCUCGCCCUCCAACUCGUCUUCUCCCAACUCCUCCUCGUCAUCCUCUUCCUCGAGCGGAAGCACCAGCAAAGCCUGGAUCGCCGGCCCCGUCGUCGGCGGCAUCGUCGUCCUCGCCGCCCUCAUCUUCGCCGCCUUCUGGUGGCGCAAGCGCAAAGCCACAAAGGCCGGUGUGCCCGAGAAAGACACACAGACGGCGGGUUACGGUUCCGUACCUGUCCAUGAUGCCGAGUCGUCGAGUUAUUAUCGCCAUGAUGCACCCGUCCAGAGUGACAGGGCCGAGAUCUAUACCCCUGGUCAGACGAAUGAGUUACCCGGGAGUGUCAAGUAUGCGCAUAAUGCCGGCGAGGCGCAGGAGUUGCCUAGCUAG